UGGUGGAGUUUGAGAAGGUCUUGCGUUGACUUGAGUGAUUGAUCAGUCCCUCUCCUCACCGGAUAGAAGGAGGGACACAGGGGAGGGAGACAAGAUUCCAGUGUUGGCUCUCGUCAAUAAAGAAGCACACAGGAUCAGCCCAGCUUCUGCCACCUUAUUUCCCCGCUCCAAAACUUUCAAAGCAGGAAAACUGGUGCUCAGCCGGCGUCACGGGAUUCGUGGACUGAUGUGAAGGAAAUCAAUAUCCAAAGCUACAGAUUUACACAUUUUUUCUCUGUUCGUUUUUGGUUUGUGUUUGGGUACAUCAUGAAAUAUUUUGACAUUUUGGUUUGGUUUUUAUUAUCUUUCAACGCAACACAAAUAACACAUUCUGCGGAACUUCAACCUGACAUGCCCAAUGUGUGCGCCGAGCAGGAAAUGGCCCUGGUGGGCCACCGGCAGCCCUGUGUCCAGGCCUUCACUCGGAUGGUGAAAAUGUGGAAGCAGGGCUGUACUGGACACAGGUGGUGUAUGGGAUACGAACGAAGGACUGGAUAUUACACGGCGUACAGACAGGUUUACAGCAUGGACAUCCACACGGUGUACAAGUGCUGCCCAGGAUGGAUGCAGAAAAAUGAUGAAGAGGGCUGUUUGCACCCGGUGUGCACUGCAGGCAGCUGUUUCAAUGGAGGGAGGUGUGCAGAGGGUGGAUCCCAGGUCUGCAGGUGUCCAAAGGGAUUCCAGGGAUCCCGCUGCCAGUACGAUGUUGACGAAUGUGCCACAGGGAACGGCGGCUGUGCGGAUCAGUGCUGCAACACCAUCGGCAGCUUCUACUGCAAGUGCCCCUCGGGCCAGCAGCUGGGGGAGGAUGGGAAAUCUUGCCAGGAUGUGAAUGAGUGUGCUGUUCUGAAUGGAGGCUGCCAGCAGACCUGUGUGAACACUCAGGGAUCUUUCCUCUGCGAAUGUGAGGAAGGAUUCCGCCUGCACGCGGAUGGGCGCACCUGCAUCACUGUGAACUCCUGUGCAGUAAAAAAUGGUGGCUGUGAGCACAAGUGUGUGGAGCUGGGCGAUGACCACUACAGGUGUGAGUGCCCUCCAAAUUACCAGCUGAAGAGAGACGGGAAACACUGUGAAUUAAAGGACCCCUGCUCACAGAGAAAUGGAGGCUGUGCACACAUUUGUACGAGUGAUGCUGGGCAGGUGCAAUGCGACUGCAGGCCGGGGUACAGACUCUCUAGCGACAGGAAAGGCUGUGAAGACAUCGACGAGUGCAGCUCGGGGCUGGCUCAGUGUUCUCAUCGCUGUGUUAACAUCAUGGGCUCGUUCAGCUGUGUCUGCAACCCUGGAUUUGAGUUGGGAGCCAAUGGGAAACAGUGUUAUCGCAUUGAAAUGGAGAUAGUCAAUAGCUGUGAGAAGGACAAUGGAGGAUGCUCUCAUCACUGUGAGCACACUACCAACGGGCCUCUCUGCUCCUGUAACCAGGGAUACCAGCUCGACGACGACAGAAAGAGCUGUAUAGACAGUGAUGAGUGUGAGAGUGGAAAGGCCUGCUGUAACCAUUUCUGCAACAACUAUCCAGGAGGCUAUGAGUGCAGCUGUAAGGCAGGUUACAGACUGAGUCCUGAUGGCUGCAGCUGUGAGGACGUGGAUGAAUGUUUGGCCGAGAGCGCUGGCUGUGAUCACAUCUGUAUCAAUUCCCUGGGAUCCUUUGAGUGCUCCUGUCAGGGGGGAUUCCAACUGGAUUUUGACAGGAGGUCAUGCAUCCCACUUUACGAUGAUGACUUAGAGGAAGAGGAGGAGGACCUGGAGGUGGUGCGCUUGCCUGAUCUGCUGUUUCGCCGGGCCCCCCAGCUCCUGCACUACACUGCUGCUCUGCGCUCCCCCUAUGACUACGAAGAGGAAGGGGAUGUCAGGGGAGAACUGUCUCUCGUCAGCAAAAUCGUAUGCCUCGAUAGUACCUUUGGAGAUGACUGCAGUUUGAGCUGUGAGGACUGUGCCAACAAUGCCGUCUGUAGUGCAGACAGAGACAGGUGUGAUUGCCUUCCAGGAUGGACUGGACUUAUCUGCAAUGAAACAUGUCCACAGGGAACCUUUGGGAAGGGCUGUAACAGCAUCUGUAGAUGCCAGAAUGGAGGGUCCUGUGACUCUGUGACAGGAAAAUGCCGCUGUCCCCCAGGAGUUCAUGGAGAGUUCUGUCAGGAUGGCUGCCCAAAGGGCUUUUAUGGAAAAAGCUGUGACAGAAGGUGCAACUGUCCCAACAACGGCUAUUGCCACAGGCUCUAUGGUGCUUGUCUCUGCGACCCUGGGCUUUACGGACUCUUCUGCCACUUGCCGUGUCCCAGAUGGGCCUACGGAGCUGGCUGCUCGGAGGAAUGUGACUGUGUGGUGGAGAACUCCCUGGGAUGUGAUGCCCGAAAUGGGUCUUGUACCUGCAGGCCUGGUUUCCAUGGUGACAAGUGCCAGAAAGAGUGUGAGACGGGAUUUUUUGGCGCUGGCUGCAAGCUGAGGUGCGACUGCGCCGUCGGGGUGUCGUGUGAUGGUCAGACCGGGAAAUGCAAUCAGCGGUGUGCUCCAGGGUUUCACGGGGAGAGGUGCCAACUGUCCUGUGAGCUGGGAAAGUUCGGUGUGAACUGCCAAGAAGAUUGUGACUGUGGUGGGGCUCCGUGUGAUUCCCAGACCGGUCUGUGUGUCUGUCCUCCUGGAAAGACUGGCUCAGCCUGCGAAAAGGCCUGUCCUGAAGGGUGGUGGGGUAUAAACUGUCACUUUCCAUGUGGAACCUGUGAGAAUGGAGGCACUUGUAACAAAGAGACUGGAAACUGUGAGUGCCAUCCAGGGUACAGCGGAAAGUACUGUGAAAAGACUUGUCCCAGUGGGUACUAUGGGCUUGGCUGCCUGUUUCUCUGUGACUGUAAUAACAACGCUGAGUGUGACCCUGUGACCGGGCAGUGUGCCUGCCCCCCGGGGUGGACUGGACAUGGCUGCAAAAGACCCUGUGAACCGGGCUACUGGGGUCGACAGUGCGCUAGCCAGUGUGAGUGUGAGCACAGCGACUUGAGCUGCAGCCCAGUGACUGGACACUGCCUGUGUGAAGCCGGCUACACUGGAGCCCACUGCCAAAACAAAUGUCCUGAUGGUACCUACGGUCUUGGCUGUAACUUCGGCUGUCAGUGUGAGAAUGGAGCUGCCUGUGAUCAUGUCAGUGGGGCUUGUACAUGCUUGGCAGGCUGGGCUGGCACCUUCUGUGAACGGCCAUGCCCGGCUGGCUUUUAUGGCCUUGACUGUCACCAGAUGUGCAACUGCAGAAAUGGUGCUCAUUGUAGCCACAUCACAGGAGCCUGCCAGUGCCCUCCUGGCUGGGUGGGAACCAAGUGUAACCAGGCUUGCCCAAGAGGACAGUAUGGUAUUAACUGCAGUGAGACCUGUGAUUGUCACAACGGAGCAGCCUGUGACCACAUCUCUGGGCAGUGCAGCUGUGCUGCGGGCUGGACAGGAGCUACCUGUCAGCAGCCAUGCCCUGCUGGACUCUAUGGUGUGGACUGUCUUCACCAUUGUAUCUGCCAAAAUGGGGGCUCCUGUGACCUGGUGACUGGCCAGUGCUUGUGUCCCAGAGGCUGGACUGGGGUUGCCUGUGAACUAGAGUGUGAAGAUGGGCGGUUUGGAGAAGGAUGUGCACAGACCUGUAAUUGCACAAAUGGUGGACUCUGUGAGAGACACUCAGGGAAAUGUGUCUGUCGCCCAGGCUGGACUGGUGACCAGUGUGAAACAGCCUGUGCGGAGGGCUACUACGGGGAGCGCUGUGAGGAGCAGUGUGACUGUGAGCAUGGCUCCACGUGUCACCACGUCACAGGCUGGUGUCAGUGUCAGCAGGGCUGGAGAGGGGACAGGUGUGACAAGCCCUGUCUACCUGGAUAUUAUGGCGAUAACUGUGCCCAGCAAUGCAAAUGUCCUCCUGGUGUCUCCUGCAACCACGUCACUGGAGAAUGUGGCUGUCCUGCAGGCUUCACGGGGAAUGGUUGUGAAGAAACGUGUCCUCCAGGCACUUACGGCCAGACGUGUGGCCAGCUGUGCCAGUGCUCUGGUGACAAGGAACAAUGUCACCCCAUCACGGGGAAGUGUACCUGCCUGCCUGGUUACUAUGGAAACCGCUGUGAGCUCAAGUGCCAAGAAGGAACUUAUGGGCCUUAUUGCAGAGAGAGCUGUAGGUGCCAGAAUGGAGGACGAUGUGACCCCGUGACUGGUGCCUGUCAGUGCCCUCCAGGAUUCCUGGGAGCAGACUGCAGCUUGAGCUGUCCACAGGGCCGCUAUGGGAAGGACUGUGCCCUGGUGUGUUCCUGUGGUGAGGGAGGUCAGUGCCACCUGGUGACAGGAAGGUGUAAGUGCCCACCUGGCAGAACUGGUCCAUCUUGUCAGCAAGCCUGCCCCAGAGAAAGCUACGGAGAGGACUGCCAGCACACCUGCUCUUGCCAAAAUGGUGCAAUUUGUAACCCAGAGAAUGGGACCUGUAUAUGUGGAUUGGGAUGGACUGGAUCUUACUGUGAGAAAGAGUGUCCUCCAGGUAAAUAUGGUGCCGACUGUCUGCUGGACUGCCCUUGCCAGAACAGUGAGUCAUGUGACCGAUUCACGGGCUGCUGCCACUGCGCUGAGGGCUUCUACGGGCACUCCUGUGAGCACAGGUGCCCCUCUGGGUUUUUUGGCCUGAACUGCGCUCAUCUCUGCGAUUGUAAAAAUGGUCUCCAAUGUCACCCCGUCACUGGCCAGUGUAUAUGCCCUCCUGGCUUUUAUGGACGUCAAUGCCAGAAAGUUUGUGCAUUGGGCAGGUAUGGGGAUACCUGCCAGCACCGCUGUGACUGUGAAGGAGCAGCUCCCUGCCACCAUGUCACAGGGAAAUGCUUUUGUCCUCCUGGAAGGACCGGAGACAAAUGUGACAAAGAGUGUAGAAGCAAUCGCUAUGGACCGGGGUGCUCGCUGACCUGCCAGUGUGCUAACCAAGGACACUGUGACUCCCGCAGUGGGAGCUGCCUGUGUCCCUUCAGCUGGAUCGGACCCACGUGCACAGAAGGGGGACCCCUAGACCCCUUGUCUAACCAGAAAUCCGGUGAUCUGCAAGAAAAACAGCCUUCAAAGCAUUUUUCAGAAUCAUAGUGCUUAUGAAGUGGUUUAGAGAAACUAAACUCCUGAUGGAUUAAUCAUUGUGAUAACAAACCAGGAACAACUUACAAGUAAUGAAAGGAUGGUGCUAAUUCUCUUGACCGCGUACAGAACAGACCACACAAUAUCAGGCUACAGCAUCCACCGGGAAAGCUGAGGAGUGGGUGCCUGUGAUAUUGUAUGCUACACAUACCAUUUCCAGCACUCAUAACAGACAGAGACACUUCAUGUACACACGGCCUAUGAAUGUCCAUUCCUCUUGACCAAGUCCUUCUGUUCAAACAUAAAAAAGCGGGAGCCACAUUUUGAAAAAGAAACCCUAUCCUUCCGUUUCUUACUACUUCAUCCAAAUAUAGUGUCAAUGGGGAGCUGGAGGCUAUCCUGGCAAGAGAGGAGCACAAUGGAGGGUAUAACCAGGAUAGGAUCCCCGUCCCAUCACAGGGCACACAAGCAGAUACAACACACAGACACAACCAUGCACUCACUCACAUCAUGACCACUUUCCCAGUAGCCAUUUGACCAAUCAGUAUGUUUUUGGACUGUGGGAUGAAACUAAAGCACCUGGACAAAACCCACACAAACUCCAUGUACUGUAGAUAGCACCCCUGGUGAAGAAUUGAACUCGAGGCCCCAGCACAGUGGAGCAGCAAAAAUAACCAUUGCGCCAUCAUGCCACCUGAAAAGACACUCUUGACACCCAAUCAUCAAUGGAAAUUAAUUACUGUAUCGCAGGUAGCCAUCACUCUUUGUUGCUUAAAACAGAUUAAAAGAAAUAUCUUAAUGGCAGUGUAAGCACUCUGCAGUAUUAAACAAAAUGGCUUCCGUCCGUAACUGGUUGUCAGUGGAAGCUGUUUAAUGUCUGAUACAGCACUUGAAUAGAUUCCUAACUUCUUGUAUAUUAACUAGUUAAGACUAGGAUUUUGUUAUUUUAUUUAAAUGACAAUAUAUAUUUUUAAUUUUCAGUCAAUGAGAAGUAUGUGUAGGGUGCCCUUAUAGUAUAAACAUAUGGUAAGUGCAAAUGUUCUUGUCUGACUUGUCAGUUUGUUCAUUUCAUACUCUAGAAUAUUGCAAUAUGAUAUUUAAAGCAGGAGUGAAAAUGCUGAGAUGGCAUUUAGUUUUUAUAGAUAACUUGAAACACAUGAGUGAAGAACAGUUAUGUUCUUUGGUGUGUAGAACAGAAACUACACCUGAGCCUGAAACAAGCCAUCUUAUACAGAUUAAAAUAGUUUCCAUGUUUCAUGUAGGAAGAUGUCCUUUGAUAAUGAAUGCUUGUGUCUGUAUGGAUGAAAGGUUGUUAAUGGAAUUUCUGUAUUUUGUAAAUAUGUUAUGCAUUUAAGUUUGCUCUUAUGUUAAAGAUGGAAAAUACCAAACGUGGUAAAAGUACAGUUUUGAUGUUUUGCCAGUUCUGUUCAAUAUUUUCUGAUGCUGCCAUCAUGUUUUGUGCAUUCUUUAAUGUGACUGACUUUCUAAAGCAUACUCUUAUUAUCUUUUUUUAUUGUACUAUUCAGUUUUUAUUGCUAAGACUUAACUUGGCAUGUUAUUCAGCUCUUAUGCUACAUUUCAUGUACAGUAUUUGAAAUAGUGAAAAACAUUUUUGAACUCAGAUAACUGAAAGCUUUAGCAAUAACAGGCAACAGUCCUGGAAUUGACCCGUCUGCCUGUUAAUUUUGCUUUUUCUUAUUUCAAGUGGUUUAAUAUUUCAGCAACCUUUGCAACAACCAACAAUUUUAAAAGACAAACUGAAAGAUAUCUGUAGUGUUAAGCAGGUUUGAAACUUACUUGGGCAGCUGAAUUUGAAUUUCACAGUGAAUUUUAUGCCAAAUUAAUUCAUGUUUGAAAUCUUUCCACUGUGCCUUUCAGGAAAUUAGAAUCUUGGUGUACUUUCCUCAAAAUAAGACUUGUCCCUGUACUGUUCUUCAGAAAGCAUAUGCUGUUAUUUUGUAAGGGCAUCUUUCUUUAUUUGAACUUUUAGCCUCUUGGUAAACUGAAUUCAAAUUUCCCCUUAGCAGCAGAGGAAUUAUAUGUGUAUCUUGCCCACAGAGGAAUUCAAGACCUUCAUCUGCUUUUUCUCACAGAGCGUUUUUCUCUUUUUUGGGGAUAAAAUGUCUGAUAUUCAGUGUUUUUGGAACUCUCAGGACUUUUGUCAGAACAGUACCUGAAAUCUGUACUGAAAAUGUAAUUAGUGUUAUUUUUUUAAAAGGAAACAUUUUGGUAAUACAUGGCAUGUGUUGAUUCAUAACAAAUGACAAAAUAAAAUGGUCACAGCCA